AUGCUGUCGCUUUUCACGGCCUCGCUCUCCUUCCAGCUGCCUUCGCUCUCCUACCAGUACCAGUCGCAGGCAAGCACCAGCGUCAUCCGUUGCUCCGCCACGGUGAGCGCGACCAUACCUCCGGUCGAGAUGGCGGAUGCCGCGCACCCUCUCAUUCAGCGAGCCAACGAAAUCCUCUAUUCCGAGUCCGGUUUCUACAGCCCCUACAAUGAAUCGGCAUUCUCCGAGGACUUUGUCUUCCGGGGGCCGUACAUCGGACCGCUGAAUAAGCAGGAUUACCUCUCGACCAUGGACACAUUCAAGAUCCACGAGGCGAUCCCCGACAUCUCGCCGAACGCCUUCGGCUUCUCCAUCGACCCGAAGGACCCUAACCGCGUGUGGUUCAUGGUCAGGAACAGUGGCACCGCCACGGGCGAGCUCGGCCUCGACCGCGACGGCAAGCUACGCGUGCCGGGGAAGGGCGCCGUCCUUGACGGCUGCCCCGAGACGUUCAGCAUCAUCUUCGAUGCUGACCGCAAGGUGAAGUACCUGUCGGUGGGCUACGUGGCCGACCGCUUCGAGGGCAACACGAACGGAAAGGGCGCUGCCGUUGGGAUCUUCCACGUCAUAGGCCUGCCCUUCCCCUCGCCCGGGCCUCUGCUCAAAUUCGCGCAGUGGCUCGGCACCGAGGUGGCUGACCUCGGCGCCAGGUCCUACUCGACGGAGAACGUCCCUGCCUGGUGGAAGAGCGAAGAGCGGGCUUCGGAGGGGUACCUCUGAGCCGUAGUGCACCGGCGGGAGAUUGCACGUUCCGGAUGCUUGUUGGCCGGUCAGUCAAUGGUGCUAGUCACACAGUGUUACGCGGAACACACAGGGCAUUCGUUGUGUGCAUUCUCAGCGAAAGACAUCACCACAGACAAAAGUAAGAUAGAACACCCGGAUGGUCCAUGGUCUAGAGAAGGCGUCGGGUGGGCGCCUGUGUUUGGUCCAAGAAGCGGCAAAACGC